CAAAGACGCCCCCAGCCCCUGAUAACUGGGUACGGCCUCGGGUACCUCCUGAAUUCCGCACUAGGCCACCCGGUUGGGUCCGCCCCUUAAGGAGUCCUGGGCCCAUGCCAGCCGGUGGACACUCAGUGUGACCUUUGACCCCUGGUGUGAUCUUGGGCCCCAGCGGGGGCUAUCUCCUGGCGUGGGUCCAGGGGACGGCCAUGGAGCUGGGCAGCUGCUUCAAGACCUACGAGGACUUCAAGGAGUGCUUCAGCGCCUACAAAAAGGAGAACAGGUGCUCCUUCAUUCUCAGGGAUUGCGUCUCCGUCCGCUUCCACAACCUCAAUCACGGCACCACCAUCCGCGAGGACAUCCUAUAUGUGCAGGUGAAAUUUGUCUGUAUUCGGACCCAGUCAAACAGGAAGAGAACACGGAAGGCGAACAUGUGCCCAGCAUAUUUGCUCCUGAGGUACAACGAGAGACUAGAUAGACUCUUUAUCAGUGAACUUAACACCCACCAUGUACAUUAUGAUUCCAAAACCGCUAUUCCUGGAGGAGACACCGUUGGCAAAUCUCAAAGGACAGUGUAUCUGCAGACACUCCAGCCGGUACUGCCCACAUUUGAGAAGCACCUUAUUAGAACUGAAAAGUCCCCAGUAGAACCAUCAUUUUGCCUAAAUGCGGUACAAGUGCCCUCAAAGUCAGAGCAGGAGGGCAUCACUCCUUCUGAUCUGGCUACGAUAGCAGAAGUGAUGAAGAACUUACUUAAGGUAGAUGAGGGUUCCAUGGCUUCCUUCAGUGUGGGUACCAGCCAAGACCUGGACCAGCUGAGCUUCCAGAGCAGCAAGAUGAGUGACCUAUUCAUUCGCUUCCCAGAGAAUCUCUUGCUGCACCGCGUGGAGAACGCCCAGGGCCACAUCCUCUAUGCUUUCUUAGUAGAGAACAAGGAACGAGAAGGGCGAGUAGUCCAUUUUGCUGUGCUCAAGACCGAGACAGCCACCUCUGUGGCCAAGAUGCUGAGCAUUUUCACAGAGUUUAACUCUGAUUGGCCCAAGGUCAAGGUGGUCUUUGUGGACCCUUCAUUCCCUCACCGGGCCAUUCUGCAGGAGACCUUCCCUGCUGCCCGCAUCCUUCUUUCCAUCUACCACACAACCCGGCUCUUAGAGAAGAAGUUACAUCGUAGUUCAGCAAAUCCAUCCUUUAAAAGGCUCAUGAAGGAAGCCCUUCGGGAGGCUGUGUUUGUCACUUCUGAUGCCAGCCUUAAAAAUCUCUGUCAGAUGUCCCAGGCCCUGCUAGAUGAAGAUCUCUUCAGCUUCCUGCAGGCCCACUGGUUCUCCUGUGAACUGCUAUGGUACAUGCACGUAAGGAAGGGCCUCCAUGCGUGUAAUACCUACAUGGACAGCCUAGACAUUGUCACCAGCAAGGUGUCAAGUCUCUUUCGGGAACAGCAGUCCCUGCUGGACUGCAUCCUCCGCUUUGUGGAUUACAUAGACUUCUUUAAUACCAAGGGCUUGAAGAACUUACCCCCAGCUCCUUCCAAGUUAAAGAGAACCCGGCCUCCAAGCAUGCUACCAAAGACCAAGAAGCAUUUUAGAAUCUGUGGAGGGACCCUCACAAGGCUCCCUGUGGAAGAGACAAAGCCAGACUCACAGCUAGUUCAGUUGCAGCAGCAGCCCCAGGUGCAGCCCUCCCUGGGUGGCAUGCUAGACAUCUUGAACCAAAGUGGGUCUGAACUAGCCUACAAACUGUGCCACAAUGAGUGGGAGGUGGUACAGAAUUCCACCCAUCUGCUGGACAUGACCGGGUCCUCGGUGAACGUUCAGCUGCUAGAGGACUCUCACCAGGUUAGCAAAGAUGGCUGUAGCUGCAGCUGUUCCUUUCAACAAUGGUACCACCUGCCUUGCCGGCACAUUUUGGCCCUGCUGCAUACCAACCAGCAACCUGUAGGUGAAGCCAUGGUUUGUAGACGAUGGCAGAAGAAGUACCAGCACCUCCUGGGGCCCAAUGGGGAGCUCCAGGACCGAGGUGUGAUCCCACACACAGACCAACCUGAAAAGCAAAGUCGCAACGAUAUGAUUCAGGACCUAAGUAGAGAGCUGGCAAACCUGCUAAUGCAGACCGAGGGACCAGAGCUGGAAGAGCGCUAUUCUACCCUGCGCAAGAUUGUGGACAUCUGGGCUGAUCCCUGUGAGCCUCCCGAGUCCAUUCAGCAGCCAGGAGACUUCAGGGAUGUAGGCCGCCUCCCUUUCCUCUGGGGAAAACAUGAAGAAGGGGAGGGACCUCCCUCCUGCUGAAGUCACAAUUCAGGAUUGAAUCACUUGCACUGGCACAGUUGACCAAACCCCUCUCCUAGGAAGUGUGAGAGUUCAGAGUGGGGAGGUCACAAUAGGGGUCAGUGUUUUGACCAAUGUCUUCCUUGGUAAGGCUAGAAAGAUUAUUUAAAAAAAAAUCCCACUGUGAAUCUGCCCCUUUGCAGCCCUCCCUUUGGCAUUCCAUGGGCACCUCAUCGUUGUUCAAGGCCAAAGUUAUCUCCAUACUAAAAGGUCACCUCUCUUUCUCCCCCAACCCCUAAGAUGAGAAUGUGUUCUCCCUACAGAGAUGGACCCCUACCCCAGGAUAGGAUGAGAUAAAAUGGGCCUGGUAAAAAGGCCUGUUUUCAGGAACAUAGAGAAGGAGGGUGACCCUUGAUUGUUGCUGCUCUUUAUGAAGAAUCUGUUAUUUGUACCUAUUUUUAUUCAUAUUAAAUAAAGUUUUUUAAAAAAAUAAGAUGAGCAGGGGAAAUGUGUUCCGAUUGAUCAGGCAAGGAAGGACGACUGCAUGUCAGGACUCCUGAUUUACCAUCAGGCAUUGGGCACUCUUGGGGUGGGUAUGUUUUUUAGUUUGUAUUGCUGGUUUUGAACUCAGGACCUUGUGCAUGCCAGGCACGCAUGAUCUACUACUGAUCUACAUUCCAGCUUCAGGUGGAUUUGUUAAUUGUAAAGGAAGUUGUCUAAUGGGGUUGUGGAGCCAAAUAGAACCUACUACCAUAAAUUCAACGAGUUAGCAGUCCACUAUUUGCCUUUUCCUACCAACUUCAGCAUUGAUUUCAGGUUGCCUUAUAUUGUAUGAGGAAGCCAAAUAGACUGGGAGAGAAGAAACGUGAAUCCUAGACUUGACUGCCAUCAACUUGCAUCAAUUUCUUUGACCCACUAAACUCAUCCGUAAAAAUUAGUAUGUUGGCCUGUUCUGGUCCUGGAUUUCCCCUCCAGCUCUCUAUAAACAUUUUGAUGCGGUGAUAUCAGCACUGACUUUUGGUGUUGGUAAUCUUCAUUGUCUAAAGGCCGGUAAUCAUUAAGAUUGUCUCAGGGGAACUGCAGAUGAAAGAUGGAAGUCUUACAUUAGUUCACUGGAACCUUACGUCACAGCCAUUCUGUAUCUUGUGAAAAUUCUGGAAGGAAUUGGGCUGGACAACGCCAAUGGGGAAGUUCCUGACCGCGCCCCCCCCCCCCCCCCCCCCCCACACACACACACACACGAGGAGGCAGAAUUUGAGAACAGGGCUUCAGUUUCCCCGCAAGGUAGGGUGCGCAGUACAUUUGCUGGGACUUUGGAGUUCUGCCACACAUACACACGAGAUUUCGGUAAAACACAGCUAUUUAUUUUCAUUUUCGUUUUUUGGCCUUUGAGGAAGUUUCCAUAAUAACGGCCCCAGCCAGUCGUCUAGCCUAAAGGGAGGCUCCAGAGUUCCAGCCUCGGGGCUCAGAGGCAAGCGUCCUCCCUUAGGCUUUCAUUGGUUCCUGCCAGCCGAGCCUCUCGUAACCCUGGUAACAGCACCCGCCCUCGAAAUUUCCGGGCUGUGAU